ACAAAAUUGCACAUUUGAAUAUGCUUUACCAUCAAAUUUUCUUCCUUGUUUCAACUUUCGUUUAUGGAAUAGAAAGUAAAGUAGAACUGUUUAACAAAACUGGUGUUAGAUUUCCUGGUAGAGUGUUUGGAAGAUGCGAAAAGACUAGAAAUGAUCAAAAUAUAUCCGUUACCUAUAACAACUGUCAUCAUCCAGAUUGCUCUUGUCCCUCCACUUCUAUACCUUAUUUUUUGUUAAAAGAACAGACGCCACAAUUUGUCAUAAUAAUUCUAGAAGGACCGAUUACCACUAAAGUUUCCUGUGACAUUAAUAGAAUAUUGGGACAUAAAAGGAGAAACCCUAACGGGUGUCCUGUUGCUAUUACUCUUGUACCUCAUCACAUUGGAACUGACUAUUGUGUUUUAAGGAAGCUUACUAAUCGUGGAUACGAUGUUCUGCUUCACCCGGAAACUAGAGAAUCAGAAAUAGCAGACGAAGAAGAAACCGAUGUAGCCAAGUAUUGGAAAGCUGCAGAUUUCGAUAAGUGGAGAAUAAAACUUCAAGAUGAGAAGGAACGACUGGAGAAAUUAGCUCAAAUCAAAAUAAAAGGUUAUCGAAUGUCUAGAGUAGUCACAGCGACAGAAGCUCAAAUGAGAGCAGCUAAAGAAGUAGGAUUUGAGUUUGAUUCGACUAAUCGAGAAAUUCAAAUAGAUAGACAACCACUGGGAUCAUACGUGUCAAAAGGGGAUAAAGAUAAAAUACCCUUUUUCUAUUGGCCUUACACCCUAGAUAAUCAAGAUGCUUUACCAUGUAAAUAUAAUGAAGAUAAUGUUAAAUUUUGUCCAAAGACAGCAAAUUUUAAAGGGAUGUGGGAAUUGCCUAAAUAUAUCUUGGGAAAAGUAAUUCAUAACGAUUCGGUUGGUUUCAAUCUUAUGUACGGUUGCGAACAAUUUGACUCGCCUUACCUCUGCACACCAAAUGGUGACGCUGAAUCGGCUUUCGAUAUCCUGAUGACUAAUUUAGAACAAAGAUAUCUUACUAAUAGAGCACCGCUAAUUAUCAAUAUGAAGGCAUCUACUCUAUCAGAUCACGUAGUAAUAGCAGACGCCCUAGAAGCUUUCAUUAGCAAAGCACAAGAAAUAUACAAAGACGACGUGUGGUUUGCAACAGCAUCAAACUUAGUCCAGUGGUUAAAAGCUGGAAGAGGAAUACAAGUUGACGAACUAAUAAAUUAUUCAAAAUUCUCUUGCAAUUAUUAUAAAGAAUUUCCUUGUGAACCUCAAGGUCACGAAUGUCCUUACAAACCAAAUUCACAAUGUCCCGAAGUCAAAGAAGAUGAGAAAGCGAAGGAAGUAAAAUUAGUAUCUGAACUUAGCGGUUUAUUCGGCGAUGGAAAAAUUUUAGUAAUAGUUCAAACUGUAUUUUUAUUGAUUUUAUUUGUAUUUCUCUAAUUAAAAGAAAUUUUCCAUUUGCUAAUAAAUAAUAUAUUUAAAAAAAACUCAA